CACAUAGAGUCCAUGUGUAAGUGAUAUGUACGAAUAAAUAAUUAAAUAUGUUGUGUAAUUAAAUAUUAAGGAGCACACAGUGAUUCAUUUGCAUAACUAAUAUGACAAUUAGUUGAAGAGCUUCUUCUAGUGACCUCAUCAGUACAGUUAUUGAACCACGUCAAAUGAAGAGACGGAAUUUUUGUGAUUUAUUUUUUGAGUUUUUAUCUCAGUUCAAUUGAAGUGGAACUUGAAACAACUUUUUUGACAUUAAGAAUUUUUUUUAAAAAAAAUAAAUUUGAAUUUAAAUUUUUAAAAAAUUGCUCCGAACUCAAAAGUACUUAUUCAAAUGGCCGUGGUUGGCCCAAAUAACGCGAUCGUCAUUCCGACUGCAAUAAGACGAUCAAUAUCGCCACAAUCAUCAAUUAUUCAGGAAUCGGUGACAUUAUUAAAUUCAACGUCGCCAAGCUCAUCCGUAUCACCACCGCCUCAUAUUGUUUCAGUGAAUUUGAGUGGUGGACAUAAUAAUAGUGGCAAUAACAAUAAUAAUAAUGAUAAUAAUAAUAUACCUAGUGCGAAUAAUAAUAAUUUAAUAGCAAAUUCACCUCAAAUGCAUCCACAUUACGGACAUCAUCAUCAGCCGCAUCACUUUCACAGUCACCCGCAUCAUCCAAUUUUAGCACCUAGUCCCUUAUUCGCCUUACCUACGUUAAAUUUUACAGCAUCGCAAGUUGCGACUGUUUGUGAAACGUUAGAGGAAUCGGGUGAUAUUGAACGCUUAGCUAGAUUUCUUUGGAGCCUUCCCGUCGCACAUCCGAAUAUUAGUGAAUUAGAUCGAUCAGAAGCUGUACUAAGAGCUCGUGCUGUUGUUGCUUAUCACACGGGACACUUUAGAGAACUAUAUGCAAUACUAGAACGACAUAAAUUCACAAAGAGUUCGCAUGGAAAACUGCAAGCAAUGUGGUUAGAAGCACAUUAUCAUGAAGCUGAAAAAUUACGAGGACGACCUCUAGGUCCUGUCGACAAAUAUCGCGUGAGAAAGAAGUUCCCACUGCCACGUACAAUAUGGGAUGGUGAACAGAAAACGCAUUGCUUUAAAGAGCGCACACGAAGUUUAUUACGUGAAUGGUACUUGCAAGAUCCUUAUCCAAAUCCAACAAAGAAACGGGAAUUGGCAUCUGCGACUGGCUUAACACCGACACAAGUUGGCAAUUGGUUUAAAAAUCGAAGACAGCGUGAUCGUGCAGCAGCCGCAAAGAACAGAUUAAAUCAACCGCCGCUUUCAGGAAAUAACUCUAAUAAUCUUGGUGGACGACAUUUGCAUCCCACACUUUCAGCAGAUACAGAUUCCGAUAGUGAUUCAGAUAUAUCGUUAGGUACUCAUUCACCCAUACCGUCAAUGACGUCACAACAUAGUCCUAAUUCAAGUUCCGGACUUAAUGAUCGUGAUUUAGAGCGACUUGCAGAGGAGCACAGGGAUUCACGUGGUGAGAAAGAUUAUCGCAAUUUUGCGUCGCUUCAGUCAUUUCGUUUCGGUGAACACAUUAAUGUUGCUGGAUUUGCAAACUCAUUUAAUCGACAAUUUCUACCCGGAAUGCCUUAUCGAAUAGGUGAGAAUGGAUCACCAACUCAUUCACCACCGAUUGGAGUAACUCCAUCGACAUCACAAACAGGAACCUCAACGACAAUUUCACAAUCACAAGCAGCAUAUAGCUUGCCAGGCGGUCUUAUUCGCCCACAACCUCAAUUACCACAAAAUGCAGCUAUCUCAGCUAUGGUUGCAGCUUGUGUCGCAAACGGUCAACAGCAGAAUGGAAGUGCAAAUCAGACACUCCUUCAACAUCACUUAAAUCAACAAGCAGCAGCAGCAGCAGCCGCAACACAAAUCUCUCCAUUGAGAAUACGAAUAAAUUCGCCCACGCGCAUUAACUCAACAUCGUCAGCAUCUCAAGCAUCAAGUGAUGUCAUGACGACAUCAUCAAGCCCGACAAUUCCUGGACAGACAUUUCUACCGACGCAAAAGCAUCACUCACUUCACAUACUGAAUGGUGGACAUCUGGCAAGAAUAUCACAAAUGAGUCAACUUCAUCGACCAUUUGAGUCACCUUCACCACCAACAUCGAGAGGCAAGGAAAGCUCGUGACUACCGCAAGAAGUUAAUGCGUAAAAAAAUAAAAUAAUGAUAAUUUUGUAUGUUAAGGGGAGAGUCACUUGUGAUGUUGAGGGGACUUCAAUGAGAGGGGGGAGGGGUUGUAAAAAUUGGAAUUGAAGGAAUUUACUUAUUAGAGGGGUUUUUAACCUCCAAAAUGUGAGAUAUGCUCUUAUUUGAGAUGAUAUGAAUUAAUAGUACAGACGUCACAAGUGAAUGAACCCCCGGCCCCCUAAAUUGUAAAUACAUUUAAAUAAUUUUUUCCCAUAGCGGAAAUGAAAGAAAAGAAGAAAUUUAGACACAAAAUAAUGAUAAACUUCAGAUUGACUUUGUGGAUAUAUUCACAGAUCAACUAUAAAGUUAUUAGUACAAGAAAUUUUUAUGAGAAAUUGAAAAACUCACUCAAAAAAUAAUGAAAAAAUGC